AUGGUCUCUCUCGACACGUCGUUCACUUCCCUGGGGCCCUCGGCCCUGGCCUACUGCGUUGCUUCGUCAGCGCUCCACGUCGUCGUCGGCUCCGUGUUCUUCGACCUCGUCCACUGCCUGGCCCAUCACUCCGGCCGCUCGAGGAACCCGCUCCUCCGCUGGCUGGCACGCAGCCACAUCGCGCACCACCAGUACUUCGACAGACGGCUGCACUUCAACCCGGGCUUCAACAAACAGAACCUGCUGCUCCACCUGCCGCUCGAGCUCGUGUGCCAAGCCGUCGGCAGCCUGCUGAGCUGGCAGCUCACGCACGUGCUCGUCCCGCACCCGCCGCUCCAGCACCGGGAUCUCCACCUCGUGCUCGUCUUCCUCACGAUCCGCUCCGGCGUGGUGGCCUGGCACGAGGGGCGCGACUCGAACCACAUCGCCUACACGCGGCUGCCGAAGGACCCCCACGCGGUCCUCGUCGGCCCCGAGUACCACGCCCUCCACCACGUCGACCCGCAGGGCUACUUCGGCUCGAUGGUUCGCCUCGUCGACUGGCUCCUCGGCACGGCGACGACGCUGCACGGCCGCCGCAUCACCAUCACCGGCGCGCGCGGCGCCCUCGGCCGGGCGCUGGCCGACGAGCUCGGCCGCGAGAAGGGCGCGACGGUGCGGACGGCGCGGUUCGGCCUCGACUGGACCUACGACGACUACAGCGCGCUCGAGCCGCUGCUGCGGACGACGGACAUUCUGGUCCUCGCGCACGGCGCCAAGGGCGCCGACGCCCAGCGCGCCAACUGCGACAGCGCCGUCGCCAUCAUCGAGGCCUUUCGGCGCGCGCGCGUGCCGGCGCCGUCGUCGUCGCUGCUGCGGCCCGAGGUGUGGUACGUCGGCAGCGAGGCCGAGCUGCACGGGGCGUGGACCGAGGACAUGCGCGCGUACACCGACGCGAAGCGCGCCUUUGCGCGGUGCGCGCGCGCCUACUGUGACGACGACGACUUUACGUACCGCCACGUCGUGCCGGCGGCGUUUUCGUCCGCCAUGGGCCCGGCGCUCGUCAGCGCGCGGUGGGCGGCGGUCGUGGCCUUGUGGUGGAUUCGGCGCGGCGCGCGGUACGUGCCCGUCACGUAUACGGGGCUGGCCUUUCUCAACUUUUUCCGCUUCUAUUUCUGGGUCACGCCGUCGGCGGUGCGGAAGCGCACGUAG